GGCCCGGACGUGAGGCAGCGGCUGGUGAUGGAGCUCGGAGGCGCUGGUCCCGCGGCGGGGCCCGGGCCGGCGCUGGGCCGGGGCGGCCUGGAGGCCCUGCAGCACACGGUGGGCUCGGUGCUGUCCAGCUAUGGUUGGUACAUGCUCCUGGCCGUCGUCGCCGUCUAUCUCCUGGUGCAGAAAGUGACUCGCAGCCUGGCGGCGCGGCCGAGCGGCCGGCGCGGAGCGGCUGAGGCGGCUGAGGAACCCGAUGUGGUGGUAAGAAGACAGGAAGCCUUGGCAGCAGCUCGCCUCAGGAUGCAAGAGGAAUUGAAUGCACAAGCAGAAAGAUACAAAGAAAAGCAAAGACAGCUGGAGGAGGAGAGGCGAAGGCAGAAGAUUGCGAUGUGGGAGAGUAUGCAAGAAGGAAAAAGCUACAAAGGAAACCUGAAAUUGAAUCAGCAAGAAGUAGAAUCUGCUGCCUCUGCCUCAGCAGUCCCGAAAUCUAAACCAAACAAAAAGCCUUUGAGAGGAGGUGGCUAUAACCCCCUGUCUGGAGAAGGAGGAGGGAUGUGCUCCUGGAGACCCGGCCGGCGGGGCCCGUCAGCAGGUGGAUGAGGCUAAUGUCCCUAGUGUCCCCUGGCACUAGCAGGCUUGAUCUUACCCCCUGUCUAUCUGCCUACAGCUGGUCUGUCACACAGACUCCUUUGGGGCUGGUUUAGUCUAUUUGUUAACUUAAAACAGUUUUUUGUUUGUUUGAUUUACACCAUUUCCAAAUUGUAGCACAUUGGCUGAUCCUGCACCAGAAAAAAAAAAAUCCUGAUCCUUUUAGAGAGGGCAAAGAGAGAAGCAAUUUCAGUAUAAUCAGUUAAUUUUCACUCUUCUGUAGAUAGGGAGUGUAGUCUCCAGCCAAGGUGAAUCACCUGGGAUUGUGAGAUCUGGGCUCUCUGGCAGAUUUAGUUGUCUAUGCUCACUUUACCUCUGUAAGAUAUGGGUAUUUACCAUCCUCAGACAUGUUACCAGAUUUACCUUCCAGCUAAACACAGUCAUUUAGAGAGGAAGGAUAUUAUCAUUGGCAGACACCUUGAAUUUAGGCAGAGGGGCUUUCAGAAAAAGCACAGGUGAUCUGACAAAUGCCACGGAUUUGUACGAAGGCCAGUUUUUGCAGAAGAGUCUCUGUGACAAGCCAGCUUGAAUGAUGUUUUCCUUAUAAAUGGUGAACAAACCAGUGAGGAUUACUGAUGCUAGACAGUAGACAGGAGGGUUUUUGCUAUUCCUUUUUUUUUCUUUUUUCUUUUUUUUUUUAAUUCCAACUGCUUUGUAAAAACAAGACAUUAUUAAUAUUAAAUAUAAUUGCAAACAUCAUAAAUUUUGUAUUUACAAUCUCGUGGCUUUCUACAGCAUCUUUUUUACAGAAGGCAUUUGUUCUAGUGUAAUAAAUGUGUAUAAAGUAAUGUGGGAGAUGAAGUGACCCUGCUGCAGCUUGUGCAGCACCAAAGCUGAGGGUGCUGUGUCCUGAGGAGGGCUCUGGCCAGCGAAAGUGCCACAAGUGAGGGGUGCAAGGAGUGUGUGGUGUUCAUCCUUCUGGUGUAUGUCUAGCACUGAGGACAGAAAAUAAAUGGUUAUCAUAACCAAACUUUCCAAGCAUCCCAUCCCCUUGAUUUUCUCUUUAAAAUGUAGCAGACAAAUAAAAUCCAGGUUGUCUUUGGAAAGGAGUGAAGUAAUUCCUGUUGGCAUAGGACAAGUGUCCCUGUGUGCUGUUGCUGUUCCUGAGCUGUUAUGUGGGCACUGGGGUGUAGGGAGCAGUGGCUCCUUAGAGCUUAGGGUUGCUUGGGCACUUGUUUCUGAAUAUUUACUCUUGGAAUGCUUGUGCAUAUCAAU